AUGGUUCCUUUCAGGUAUUGGCUGGCUGCCAUAUUGACCGAGUCUGUUCAAGCGCGCCUUCUUGGCUCCUCCUUCGGUGUCCCAGGAAAUUCCACAUUCGACUACGUUGAUGUUGGUGGAGGCACCGCAGGUCUUGCCAUUGCGACCAGACUGGUCGAGCAAAACGCAGGAAGCGUAGCAGUGGUAGAAGCGGGAACAUUUUAUGAGCUGUCGAACGGAAAUGCGUCUCAAGUUCCAGGACCCGGCGUUAAUUACGCUGGCAAGAGCGCGUUAGACUGGCAGCCAUUGAUUGAUUGGGGAUACAUGACAACGCCUCAAGCAGGAGCGAACAACGCGUCCUUACACUACGCGCGAGGCAAGGCGCUCGGCGGCAGCUCGGCGAGGAACGCGAUGAUAUACCAACGUGGAACGACAGCGUCUUACCAGCAGUGGGCAGACCAAGUUGGAGAUCAGAGUUACACUUUCGAGAAGCUUCUGCCGUACUUCGAAAAGAGUAUCAACUUCAGCGCGCCCGAUAUGAGUGUUCGAUUCGCAAACUCGACACCACAAUACGACGAGACGGUGAUGGGAGACGGCACAGGUCCUCUGUCUGUGGCCUUUCCUAACUCGCCUUCUGCGUACGCGACCUUUGCGGCCGAAGGCAUGAAGCAGAUCAACCUCUCGGCCAUCGACGGAUUCCAGAGUGGAAGUUUGCUCGGUUUUUCGUACAGCAUGUUCACCAUCGACAGUGGCACAAUGCUUAGGUCUUCCUCGGAGACCUCCUUCAUGCGACAGGCGUUGCAGUACGAUGCUUACCACGUCUACCACCUGACUAUGGCCAAGAAGAUACUAUUUGACUCCAACAACACAGCUACGGGUGUCAUGGUCGACACUCAAGGGUUCCAAUACACCCUGACAGCAAAGAAAGAAGUCAUCAUAUCCGCAGGUGCCUUUGCAUCUCCUCAGAUUCUGAUGGCAUCUGGCAUUGGUCCUGCUGAUACGCUGUCCUCGUUGGGCAUCCAGGUCAUCGCCGAUAGGCCGGGUGUCGGUCAAGGCAUGCAAGAUCAUGUUUGGGUCACGUUGGCGUACCCUAUCAAUGCGCAGACCAGCUCCUCCCUGCGCUACCCUUCGUUUCUGUACGGCCAGCAAGCUCUAUUCAACAACUAUCCAGCCACGGGGAUCUACUCGAGUCCCAACUGCGAUGUCAUAGGCUGGGAGAAAGUUCCGCAGGACCUCAGAGCCAACUGGAGCAACACGACCAAUGGCAUCCUCAAAGCUUACCCGGAGGACUGGCCGGAGCUCGAGUACAUGAAGGUCAACUCAUACGUCAACGAGCAGGAGAUCUAUAAGCUGAUGGACCCAUUCGACGGCACGAACUACGCCUCCAUAGGAGUGAUCCUCGCCUCGCCUGUCUCGCGGGGAAGCGUCACCAUCACUUCUCCCGAUACCAGCGUCCACCCUUCCAUAAACUCGGAGUGGCUGACCAACCAGGCCGACAUGGAUAUAAUGGUAGCCGGCGUCAAGCGGGCCCGAGAGUUCUGGGGCACGUCAGCCCUGCAGGGCCUCGUCAUCGGCGAGGAGGCAUUUCCGGGAUCCAAGGUAUCUACCGAUGCCCAGACCGAGACCUUCAUCCGCGGCGCGUUCAACACCAUCUGGCACGCCGCCUGCACGUGUGCGAUGGGGAAGGCUGACGACCCCAAUGCGGUCGUGGAUACGGAUGCAAGGGUGAUCGGGGUACAGGGACUUCGCGUCGUGGAUGCGUCGGCGUCUCCUCUGUUGCCACCUGGGCAUCCUCAGUCCACUGUCUAUGCCCUCGCUGAAAAGAUAGCCUGUAAUAUCUCGGGAGCCUGCUGA